AUGAUAUUAAUAUUUUAUUUGAUUUCAUUUAUACUAGCAGCACCAACUAAAAAGAAAGGACAAACUAAAAUUUCAAAUAAAAAUGGUAUAAAUCCAUUAGAUCAUGUUGAUUUAUUUUAUGGUACUGAAAAUGGAGGUAAUAUGUUUCCAGGAGUAACUCGUCCUUUUGGAAUGGCUAAAAUUGGAGUUGAUGUAUUGGAUUCCAAAUUUGGUAAUCCUUAUUCUGGUUAUGCACCUGGUGGAGUUAUUAAUGGUAUAUCAAUGAUGCAUGAAAGUGGAACUGGUGGUGCACCUGAAUAUGGAGUUGUUUCUCAAUUACCAUUUUAUGGAGAUUAUUCAAAUGGUGAAGAAGUUACAUUGAGUCGAUCCCAACCUGAUUCUGCUAAAGUUGGAUAUUAUGCAGUAAACACCACAAGUAAAAUAAAUAUUGAAUUGACAGCUGGUGAAAGGUAUGGGAUUUUAAAAUAUAAUUUUAAUGAUAACUUUCAAGAUUCUAAAGUAUUGGUAAAUGUUUCACAUCAUUUAACUGCUCCAAAUAGACCAUGGUGGACACAAUAUUUUGUAAAUGGAUCAAUUGAUGCUACCACCAAUGGAUACAUUGGACAAACUACAAUAAAGGGAGGUUGGGGUGAUCAAGAACCAUGGACUAUAUAUUUUUGUUCAAAUUUUUCAACACCAGCUCAAUCAGUUUCAAAAUUUGAUAAAAAUGGAGAAACUCAAAAUCAAUUUAGUACUUCUUCAACAACUCAAGACGAUUCAUUUGGAUUAAUUUUUAAUUUUGGUCAUCAACAAGAAGUUAUUAGUCAUGCUGGUAUAUCAUUCAUUUCAACAACUCAAGCAUGUGAUAAUAUUAACCAUAACCAAGAUUUCUAUUCAUUAGUUGAAGAAACUCAACAAAUUUGGUUAAAUGAAGUAUUUAAUAAGUUUCAAAUUUCAAGUUUUAAUAAUUCAUUAAUUGACAAAUUUUAUACCAAUUUAUAUGGAACUCAUUUAAUUCCAUCAAAUAAGACAGGAGAGAAUCCAAAUUCGGGUUGGUCCACUUCCCAAGUUUAUUAUGAUGAUUUUUUUACUAUUUGGGAUACGUUCAGAUGUUUAAACCCAUUAAUAAACAUUGUUAAUCCUCGUAGAGGUUCAGAAAUUGUUCAAUCACUUACGAAUAUAUAUUUAAAUGAAGGUUGGACACCUGAUGGACGCUCAGCUAAUCAAAAUGGUAGAACUCAAGGUGGAUCAAAUUCAGAUAUAGUUAUGGCUGAUGCAUUUGUUAAAAAUAUAUCUGGAAUUAAUUGGUCAGACGCGUAUUCUGCUAUGGUUAAUAAUGCUGAAAACCAACCACCUUAUUGGUAUGAUUCAUUUGCCAGUGAUGCUUCAACAAAACAAGGUCGUGGUGCAUUACCUGAUUGGUUAAAAUACGGAUAUGUUACAAGGAAUUAUACAAGAUCAGUUAGUAGAACUAUGGAGUAUAGUUAUGAUGAUUUUGCUUUAAGUCAAGUUGCUUUAGGAUUAGGUAAAAACGAUGAUUAUAAUAAAUACUUGAAGAGAUCAUCUAAUUGGCAAAAUUUAUGGAAUCCUGAAGCUACUGCUAAAGGUUAUGAUUAUAAAGGAUUCAUUCAACCUAAAAAUUCCGAUGGGUCAUUUAAUUUUAAAAAUUAUGAUCCAUUAUCAUGUGGUGGUUGUUAUUGGGGUGAUGAUGAAUAUGAAGGGAAACCAAUAGAGUAUGGAUUUGCAAUACCUCAUGAUAUACAAACACUUGUUCUGUUAGUGGGAUCUAAUGAUAGUUUUGUACAAAGAAUAUCUGAUUUAUAUCCAUUACAUGGAUCUAAAAUUGCUGAUGUUGGUAAUGAACCUAGUUUUUUAACUCCCUUUUUAUUUAAUUUUGUAAAUCAACAAUAUAAAACUUCGGAAUUGGUGAAUUAUAUUUUAACUCAAAAUUUCGGGAGUGGUGUUGAUGGAUUACCUGGUAAUUCAGAUGGUGGAGCUAUGCAAGCUUGGGUGAUUUUCAGUAUGAUUGGAAUAUAUCCUAUAGCUGGUACUACAACUUAUCUUAUAACAUCACCAUCAGUAACAAAUUUGAAACUUACGUUAGAUAAUGGAUCUACUUUUGUUGUUAGUGCUAAUAAUUUAAGUGGUGAUAAUAUAUAUAUUCAAUCAUUGAAAGUUAAUGGUAAAAAAUGGGAUAAGAAUUGGGUUGAUCAUUCUAAGUUAUUUGCUAAUGGUGGUUCAUUGGAGUUUGAAAUGGGUUCGAAACAAGUUAUUUGGGAGAGUGGUGAUGUACCACCCAGUUUUGGUCAUUAUUCUAGAAACUAG